AGCAGGCGGACGGCGGAGCUGGGCGCUGAGGGGUCCGCCCCCACCAUCACCCCGUUUCCACCGGUGGUUUCUACAGCUCCGCCCCUGAGCAGCUCAGUCCCUGAGCAGCUCAGUCUUCCUGCUCCUGCCACUGAUGCUCCAUCUCAGCGACAGCACCAUGGAGCUCACGGGCGCCCGCGCUUGCCUCCUGGCCCUGUGCCUGGCGGGCCUGGUCCCCGGCAUCCAAGGCUCCGUCCAGGGCCAGGACCCCGGGGAGCGGCCGCUGGAGCUAAAGGAGGUCUUCGCACUGUUUCAGGCACAAUAUAACCGGAGUUACCCCAGUGCCACAGAGCACGCUCGCCGCCUGGCCAUCUUUGCCCGCAACCUGGAGCGCGCUCAGCAGCUGCAGGAGGAAGCCCUGGGCACAGCCGAAUUUGGGGUGACGCCCUUCAGCGACCUCACAGAGGAGGAGUUUGGCCAGCUCUACGGGCAUCGGACGGCAGCUGCAGGGCCCCCCCAAGUUAACGCAAAGGCCGUGGCUGAAGAGUGGGGCACACCAGUGCCCCUCAGCUGUAACUGGACGAAGGCUGGUGUGAUCUCCCCCAUAAGGGAACAGAAACAGUGUAAGUGCUGCUGGGCCAUGGCGGCGGCGGACAACAUCGAGGCCCUUUGGGCCAUUGGGUAUCAGCGCAAAGUGAGCGUCUCCGUGCAGGAGCUACUCGACUGUGACCGCUGCGGGAACGGCUGCCAGGGCGGCUUCGUGUGGGACGCGUUUUACACGGUUCUCAACAACAGCGGCCUGGCCAGCGAGCACGACUACCCCUUCAAAGGGGAUCGCCAGGCGCACAGGUGCCGGGCCAGAGAGCACAGGAAGGUGGCCUGGAUCGAGGACUUCGUCAUGCUGCCCAGGAACGAGAGCAACAUGGCCUCCUACCUGGCCACCCACGGCCCCAUCACGGUGACCAUCAACAUGAAGCUCUUGCAGCUGUACACCGGGGGUGUGAUCAUGGCGACGGCCUCUGAAUGUGACCCGAGAAUGGUGGACCACGUGGUCCUGCUGGUGGGCUUUGGCAAGGGCUCAGGCCGGGCCGCCACUGCACUGCGGCCUCGCCCACGUCAAUCCCGCCCAUACUGGCUCCUGAAGAACUCCUGGGGGGACAAGUGGGGUGAGAAGGGCUACUUCCGCCUGCACCGUGGGAGCAACACCUGCGGCAUCAAAAAGUUCCCGCUUACCGCCCUGCUGCACAAGCCGAAGAGACAUUCCUGCCCGCGCUGACCCCGCCCCAAGCUGGGCUGGCACCCCGGAAACUGUUCUGCUCUGGC